AUGUCACUUCUCAUCAGUAUUCCACAUUAUAUGUCGAUCUAUAUCGGAAUUCCUCUGUAUACUUUUGGUUUUCUCGGUAAUUUAAUCAAUAUUACUGUUCUUUUUUCCAAACGAAACAAUCCGUGUACAUUCUUAUUGAUUUACGCAUCAAUUAUUGAUUGUUUUGUACUUAAUAUUGGCCUAUUACCACGUAUACAAGCGGUAGGGUUCAACACUGAUUCGACUUUAAUGAAUUUACCGUGGUGUAAAAUUCGAUCGUACGGAUUACGUGUUACAUCAUUGACUUCAAUUCACAUUGUUUCUCUCAUGUCAAUCGAACGAUUCUUUGUCAGCUGUCGAACAGCUCACUGGCGGGACAUGAGUAAUCUAAAAUGGAUUCGUUGUGUAGCGUUUCUCAUCACAUUUGUUUUCGUUUUCGAAAGCUUACCAUUCCUCAUUCUAACAGAAAUCCUUCGUUCUGCGACGAGUAUCAGCUGUACUCCGAUGUAUAAUGCGAUCUUCGCAAGAUAUGCGUCAUUUUUCGGCAUACCAGCUUUCUAUGGCGUCAUUCCGUUAAGUAUUAUGAUAAUCAUGAGUAUUUUAAUAUACUAUAAAUUACGUACGAGAACUCAUCUGAGAAAGGCACAACGUUCAUUAACAUUAAUUAUACUCGUACGAAUCAUAAUCGUCUUAGUUUCGUGUGGUCCAUAUGCAGUGUAUUUCAUUUACUCAGCGAUUGUCAUGCUUACGGUGUCAGGCAAGUCUUCGGAAAGAAUCGCUAUAGAAAAUUGUAUACUAGGUGUUGUGAGUACUUUUCUUUAUGUCACGUAUUCGCCAUCAUUUUUCAUCUAUUAUUCCAUAUCAUCAUCUUAUCGAAAGCAAGUUCUUUAUGUACUUCGAUAUGUUUAUAAGAGAAGAAGAAAUGCAAUUCAACCAGCAUAA